GUCAGUAUUUUGGCACAGAUGUCCAAGAAGUGACAGUGCUGGAGGGAUUUAACUCUACUUGUCUGGCACAGAUCUGCGGCUCCUAAGAUUGCCAAUAGAUCAUUUAAAGCAUGGUUUGUAAAGAAAGUCAAAUCUCAAGGGUAUCCUGCAAGAUGACUUAAAAAGUCUUAACUCAGAGAUGACUGAUUGAAACAGUGUGGGAAGGAAGAACAAUAUAUAAAGAAGAAGAAACAGGACUUGCCUCAGCAAGCAAAAGAAACACUGAACAAAGGAGAGGAAACCAACAAAGAUAAUUAUAGAAGCACUGAAUGCAGCAAAACAAGAACAAUGGAUCUCAAGUUCAACCACUCCAGGAAAUAUAUUUCUAUCACUGUCCCUCCCAAAACACAGACAAUGUCACCACACAUCAAGUCAAUAGAUGACAUCGUAGUACUUGGCAUAAAUCUCAGCAGAUUUAACAAACUUACUCAGUUUUUCAUAUGUGUUGCUGGAGUUUUUGUAUUUUACCUAAUUUAUGGAUAUUUACAGGAAUUAAUAUUUUCAAUGGAGGGUUUUAAGUCCUAUGGCUGGUACCUUACUUUAGUACAGUUUGCAUUUUACUCCAUAUUUGGCCUAAUAGAACUUCAGCUUAUUCAGGACAAAAGGAGAAGAAUACCAGGAAAAACCUACAUGAUAAUAGCUUUUCUAACUGUGGGUACUAUGGGGUUAUCAAAUACUUCCUUGGGCUACCUGAAUUAUCCUACCCAAGUCAUCUUCAAGUGCUGCAAAUUGAUUCCUGUUAUGCUAGGAGGAGUUUUUAUUCAAGGGAAGCGUUAUAACAUUGCAGAUGUGUCAGCUGCAGUGUGUAUGAGCCUUGGUCUGAUAUGGUUCACCCUAGCUGACAGCACGAUUGCACCAAAUUUCAACCUGACAGGUGUGAUCCUUAUUUCCCUGGCACUGUGUGCAGAUGCUGUCAUUGGAAAUGUUCAAGAGAAAGCUAUGAAACUGCAUAAUGCUUCUAAUUCGGAAAUGGUUUUAUAUUCGUAUUCAAUCGGUUUUGUGUACAUUUUAUUGGGAUUGACAUGCACUAGUGGAUUAGGCCCUGCAGUAACAUUUUGUUCAAAGAAUCCAAUUCAGACUUACGGUUAUGCUUUCCUUUUUUCCCUCACUGGGUAUUUUGGAAUCUCCUUUGUUCUGGCUCUGAUUAAAAUUUUUGGUGCACUUCUUGCUGUAACAGUGACAACAGGAAGAAAAGCCAUGACCAUUGUACUUUCAUUUAUGUUCUUUGCUAAACCAUUCACGUUUCAGUACGUGUGGUCUGGUUUGUUAGUUGUCCUUGGUAUAUUUCUCAAUGUUUACAGCAAAAAUAUGGAUAAAAUAAGGCUACCAUCACUAUAUGAUCUGAUAAACAAAACAGUGGAAAUGAGAAAGUCAAGGACGUUGGCACAAACUGUAUAGGCAGUGAUUCCUCCUGCUUAAAGUAGAAUUCUAAGGGAACAAUCAUCAAAUAAUUAAUUUUCCAAAGGGAUUAUUAUAAAAACCAAAGGAGCUGAAAGGCAUGUUAUCCAUUUGUGGAUGGGUCACCUAUGAAGUCAGCCUCUUCCGCAGAUCACUUGUUUAACUUCUGAAGCAAUUAAGAGAGCCACAUCUGCCACACCUUAGAACACACUGUCAGUGAAGGACUAAUUCUUAGCAGUCUGUUGAGAAUUUCACUGGAAAAUGGACCGUGUUGCAAAACUAACUGGAUAUCAUGAUGACUUUUCAAAGAAAUUGAUAUAAUAAUAUCAAUUAAUCGAUUGUUUGGUCUUCAUUCAUUUUGGUGGUGUUAUUUAAAUGAUUCUCUGUUAUAAGAGUGAACAUAGGAUUUAAAGUCUAGAAAGAAUAACUUCAUUAUAAAUAAAAAUUAUUCUGCGAUUUUUUUAAUAAAUGCGUUGUUGGAAUUUUGUUACGAAGAGGGAAGUGAAGGUUGC